AUGACUUCCAGGGCGCGCUCACGUAUCUACACGCUUUCCGACGUCGCUAUACAUGUCACUAAGGACGACUGUUGGGUCGUUAGGAAUGGGAGAGUUUACAAUGUUUCCGAAUUCGUGAAUGAUCAUCCCGGAGGUGACGAUUUGAUCCUGCAAUGGGCUGGAAAGGAUGUUGGUGACAUCAUGGCUGACUCGGUUUCUCAUGGACACUCUCAGUCCGCCUAUGACAUGCUCAGCGAGUAUUUAAUUGGUAAAAUUGGCUCGGAGUCUACUACCGUUAACGAAGACUGGGUGGCCACGGAAGACUUCCAUCCGGACGAGACUUCGCCCGAGGAGGAUUUCAAGAGACAUGAGUUCCUCGACCUCAGCAAACCUUUACUUCGUCAGGUCUGGGAGAGCAACUUCAGCAAGGAAUUCUAUUUGCAGCAAGUGCAUCAGCCUAGACACGUCACCAAAACUGCGCGAUUGUUUGGGCCGAAUUUCUUGGAGAUGUUUACCCGCACGGAGUGGUACGUGGUACCAAUAUUUUGGCUUCCAAUUGCCACCGCCAUUUUCUUCCGUUCCGCUCUGCAAUUUGCCCAACUCGCUGAACCCUCCAUUCUGGACACGAGGAUACUUUCUGUCGCCUCGAUUCCUUCGUCUGCCUACUUGAAGACACUUACUUGCUUUCUCACUGGGAACGUAAUAUGGACUGUACUGGAGUAUACGCUUCACCGAUUCCUUUUUCAUAUCGAUAAAUUCCUCCCCGAUCGCCCAUUCUUCCUUAUGCUGCACUUUCUCCUUCAUGGCAUCCAUCAUUAUCUGCCCAUGGAUGGAUUACGACUCGUCAUGCCCCCUAUCCUAUUUUUUGCUCUCUCCUACCCAUGGACACAAUUGGCUCAUACUCUCUUCCCCGCUGCCAUUGCCAAUGGAUUAAUUGCAGGGGCUUUCAUCUUCUACGUUCUUUAUGAUUGCAUGCACUACGCUUUGCACCACAAGCGCCUGCCUGCUUACAUGCGUGAGCAAAAGAAGUAUCACCUCGCUCAUCAUUAUAAGAACUUUGACCUUGGAUUUGGCGUCACGAGCAAAAUUUGGGAUCAUGUCUUUGGCACUCUGUUGAAGAUCUGA